AUGGAUAUUGAUACUCGGUGCAGUCAAAUGAUGGAGGACUUGAUGAAAUCUCCUUUAGAGAGAAAUCUCACAGGCCGUCCUGAGGAUUCUAUGCAGAUGCAGGAGGAAAUUCAAACGUCAAAAGUUCUGGCAGCUGAAUUGUGUAAGGCAAUCCGUUCUGGGUCGGUGCUUGAUUUCGUUGAAGCGUUGAAAGAAACAGCUGUGACGGAUAAAAAGCAUGUAUCUUCCAUUGUUGGACAAGUUAGCAAUGCAGGGAAUACUGUACUUCACAUGGCAGCGUACUAUGGGAAAGUAGAGAUUUUACAGCUACUUGCUACUCAUGUCCCUCAACUUAUCACAAGGAGAAACAACACAGGAGACACAGUUCUUCAUAUUGCUGCUAGAAAUUGGGACGAAUCCUCAAUCCAUAUUAUUCUCAGUUGUUAUAAGAGGCAUUUUGAGAACAAAUAUUUGAAGAAAGAGAAUAAUGAGGAAGCACUUUGGAGGAUGAGGAAUGAACAUGGAAACACGCCACUGCAUGAGGCAGUAGUGAUGGCAUAUGGUGGUCCUGUUGAAGUGGCAGAGAUCUUGUUUGAAGAAGAUGAAGGUGGGGCCCACCUGGAGAACAAGGAAGGUAAAUCGCCUUUGUGUUUGGCUAUUCAGAAUCGAAAUUACAAAGUUGCUCGACUUCUGCUGCAAGCUCCAUUUCCGAACGGGGAAAGGCACCGAGGAUCCUGCCCGCUUCAUGCAGAGAAUUCAGGGUUUCCAAAGGAUUCUGCUUUGUGGUCGGAGGGAAUUCAAACAUCAAAAUUUUUGGCAUCUAAUCCUUUUUGGGUCCGUAAUUGA